AUGAGCGCCAAGCCUCCCUCCUUCCGGCCCCCCUCGUCCUCCCGCAAGACAUCGCUCUCAGACACGAGCACCGCCAGCAAACCCCCACUGCGGCCCCGGGAAGCCAACAUCCUCCCGCCCAGCAAGCCCACCCAGCCGAGGGCCCUCCAUCGAUCGGUCUCCAGCUCGGCCGGCCUGCGAGACAGGAAGGAAAGACCCCUGGCCACGCCGCCUGUCAGGAAGAACCCGCCGGUUCCCAGGCUCAACCCCGACCAACGACCGCCACCAACAAACGCCCAACCGGCCCAAAACCAUCAAGUGACCAUGCUCAAGGAGCAGCUCGCUAAGCUUCAAUCCGAACUACGCAUCGCACGGGGCCAAGUCGCCACUCUCGACAACCAACUCACUCGCUCCAAAACCCCGCCCAGCAAGUCCCCUCCCUUCGCCACCACGCCCAACUCCUCCCAACGCCACCACCACCAAGCCCCCUCCCCAACCACUCCCGCACCCUCUCCCAAAUCAAACAGGAAGAAAUCUAGCUCGGCCUCUCGGUCCCGCUCGCUCCGAAAGAGCUCGAGUAGCGCCGCCAGUGAACAACAGACUGAUGGUCUCAGCAUCCGCUUCAUCUCCGGUCCAGGUAUCCCUUCCUCUCGCUCGCCUCACCCCUCCUCAAUCAUGGACGACAACAGCCUGCCCAUCAGCGACUCGGGCUACGUCAAGGACGCCGACGGCGUCUGGGUCCCUCUCAACGGCAACCUGAGCCAUUCCCCCUCUCCCAACCUACCCAGCCUGGCCCGCUUCAAGUCUCAGUCGCCCGCCGAGCCCCCGCGUGGGAUCAGCAGGAUCCCGAUCAGCGCCGUCGCACUCGGAAGAGUCCUCGCCGGCGAUCCCAUCGUCCCCGAUCAUCAAGCAACCCAAGCCGACAUCGCAGAAGAACAGGAACCAGUCGAAGAGUCCUCUGAAGGCGUCCAUCGAAAUGGCGAAUAUUCAUCUGGCGCAUCACUCUCAUCUCCUCAGAUAGACGAACAAACCAACACAACAUCAAGCAGCGAACCGUCCGGCAAUCAACCACCCACCGUCUCUCGCCAACCACGCGGCAACCCGUUCUUCAGCUCAGGAGGCGGGCGAGACCGCGGGGCGAUGAUUCACCAAAACUCGAGUGCGGACCGGACCACCAACGGCGGGAACACGGGCAAGGUGAUCACGACGCUGCAGUCGGAUCUGCUGUAUGCGCGGACGGCCCUGGACCAGUCCAAGUCGCAACUCCGGCUGAGCCAGCGGGCGGUGGAGAGUCUGAACCGACAGACGGAGGACCUCAAGGAGUCGAUGUCCCGACUGAGGCUCGAGAACGAAGGCCUGAGCAAGAUGCUGAGCCGCAAGGAACGCACGGUCAGCGAGCUCAUGGAGCGUCUCAAGCGCUCCGAGGCCGAGCUCGGCACGCUCAAGCUCGAGAAGAAGGAGCUCGACAUCAGCUUCAAGAAGAUCUCCAAGGAAACCGACGAGGUCGUCAAGGACUCCGUCCGGCGCAGGGAUCGCGCCGAGACGCAGUACGAGGCCGUCCGGAGCGGCGUCAAGAGUCUUUCGGAGGGCUGGAAGAGAGACGUGAGCACCCUCAAGCAAGACAUCAGUCGAUUAGAGGAGAAGCACCGCAAAGAGAUGGAAGACAGUCGGCUGAAGUACAACACCCUGGCCAAAUUGCAUGCGUCUCGGUCGGGCGCGCUGUCGCGAAUCGAGACGGACCUGACGAACCUGCAGAGCUCGAAGGAGGGCUUUAUCGCCCAAUACACGAGCGAGCUGAGCGGGCUGAAGGCCCAUCUCGAGCAGGACCAGAAGAAGUCCGACGAGGGCUUGCUGCUCGCCCGGGAGGUCUCCGACGAAUGCGCCCGCUUCAAACGCAUCCUCCGCAACCAUUCCCACCCCGCUCCAGACCCACCUACCACGCGCCAUAAUCCUCGCCCUUAA